AAGUUCCAACCCGGACUCUAGGUGGUGCAUCCUGGGAAAUAAACCAACAUGGGGAUUGGAUCCAAGUCGCACCAUGCAGCACUAACACCAUGAUGACUGACUGAGCGAGGCACGGGGACAAUAAUAACAAUCAUCACCCACUAAUCUGAUAUUAGGAGCGAGCGUGCCGAUCGGCCCUGAGCCUCGUCGCUGAGCCUGGCGCCCUUUUCCCGGUACCCGCACCGAGAAUGUGAGUGCUCGCGCUCGGCUGCGCGGUCGUGUGCGUGCGUGCUUUAGGAAGGUCGAUCGGGGGAAGCGCGUCGCCCGACAUCUCCGCCGGGGGAUGGACAGGAAUUACCCGGUUUCCAGCUUCGCGGAGCCGCUGGCUUCUGCAGCGCAGACCGCAGCCUGGGCCUACGAGCGGGGCGCCGGCAGCGCGAAGCCCAGCUUGAACUAUGGAGCCACACAUCCAGAUUCGGAUCUUGUCCACCGCCAGACCUACGCAUCCACUCCUCAGCUUCCCUCAUACGCUACUACCCAUCACCCCAUAGGGCUGCCUGGAAUCUUUGAUACUGGUUUGCAUGCUGCUGGCAAUAACACUACUGAAACAUCAGUCAUGAGCUUCCUUUCUGCCAUUGACUCCCGUACUGGACAGGCUGGACCUGCGACUGCUUCCCUUCUCCCUCAGUUCAGGACACCAUCAUGGCAGACAGGCACAAAUUCGACAUCUACUACCGAACUGUUUGUUGCUGGAGCCCUCCCUUCAUCUGGAACGUUUCCCACACCUGCAGCUCUCCCCACCUAUCAGCACCCCAACACGUUUUCCGCUCGGAGUUUUGCCACCACCCCCUCCCUAGCAGUUCAGGAUACCACGUUUAGCACAUCCACAAAUGGUUUGCUGUCUCCCCAUGACCCCUUGCUGCAAAUUAAGUCAGGUGGCCAAGGUACAGUGCCCUCUACCCUGACUUAUGACCGCCUUGGCACCCCGGCAUUGAGUGUUGGCCUUCCUCCACAGUCCUCCACAUAUCGCUCUGCCCAGGAGUCAGCCCCUCACCUGCUGCAGCCUCAGUUCAGCCUGCUGCCCUCAGCCCUGGGUGGACCUCAGCAAACCCCACAGCCUUACAGCGCCUCUGUCUUCACUGGCUCAAUAGAGAGAGCACUUCAGCGGGAAUGUAGUGUGAUUAAGCACCAUCAGCGGCCUUCCAGUACUCCAUCAGUUCAGGCACAGCUGCAAAGCAGCACCCAGCAUUCCUUGCAGGGGUAUCUAGCCAACGAAAGCGAGGCCUCAUUUCAGGACCCCUCGCAGCAGCCGGCUGUCCCCUGCAGCCCCUCAGGAGAUAAUACUCAGGUGAGCAGUGGUGGACUACAACAGAAAACAUCUCAAGCCACACUGGAGCAAACUCAGGCUUAUUCCUCCUCCAUCCCCUCACCCAGAUUUUCGCCAGUGUCCAGUGCAAAAACCAGUGACUCUUCUUCCAAAAAGAAUCACCUUCCUCCCGAAGUCACUAAGUCUCACAGCACCUCCCCUGAUCAACAGAUUCAAAGCUACCCCUCACCUGCCCCAAAGCAGAACACUGUCAUUGCCAGUCAGUCACAGACUUACAAAUCUGCCCAGUUGCCCAGUCUGAUGUCUGUCAGUCCCUCGCAGAACUAUGUUACGUCACAAAGCCUGCCAAGCAGCAUCAGCCAUCCACAGCUGUAUUCUUCCAGUCAGUCAGAGAAGUUGCCUUCUUUGUAUAAGACUCCUACUUCUUUUACUGGCCAAUCAAGUAGUGUAUCCCCUGCGAGCCAGGCUCUUGUUUACUCUUCCAGUCAGCAACAGGGCCUUUCUUCAACAGCACAUAGAGAGGACUAUGGGGUUCAAGGGCAGGUACUGUGCCCAGGGAACCCCUCCCAGAGCUAUUCCUCCAGCCACUCUCAGGAUAUGCCAACUGUGAGUUAUUCUGCUCAGUCCCAGGAUCUAGCAACGGUCAGCCCCUCUCAUAGCUAUGGUUCAGGACAAUCUUCUACUCUGACAUCACAGUCCCUCUCCUUCUCUGCCACUCGUGCCCACAGUUUGCCAACGCUGCAGCAAGCCGAGGACUACAUACUUACACACCCUUCCUCUGAUAGUAAGACAGAAAACACAUUGUCACCACAGCCUCAGAAGUAUGGGAAUCCAGUGCAUUCGCCUCCUUUUUCCUCGAACCCUCAUUCACAAGCCUUACAGAAUAACAGGUCUUCAACUGACUUAAAGCCAUCUUAUGGCAGAAAUAAAACGGGAUCUGAUACAUAUGUUGCCACAAAACAGGAAAGUGGUGAGUUUUCUGUGCAGGAUUUGCAGACCUUACAGCAGACCUCCCUGGAGGCUUCAGCUCAGACACUCGUGGGUGGUGACAUGGGAGCACAGCACCAUGUUGUGUAUGUUGUCUCCAAAAUGGAUGAUCGCUACAACUCGCAAAGUGUGAUCCGGAGUAGCUUGCGUCCUGAGGACCAGAUUGCAGGCAUGUCACUUUCUGAAUCCAAAAAGAAUGAAAGAAUAGAUUCUUUGAGCCAUCAUGGGCAGCAUGUAUUGAGUGCAAACAGUCAAGUAGACCUAGAGUCAAAGAGGAACUCUCCACAAAUGCAGUCUUCCCACUUAACCAUGAGCUCAGAGGAGCUUAAGCAGCACCCUCUCCAAUACAAAGAUCUUGAGUUUCGACCACAGACCCUUCACAAUGAAUCCAUAGGCGUACAGCACGGUCAGAUUCAGGCUACACCUCAAACACAGUUUAUUCGGCUCCCCAGUGCCCAAGUUCUGCUGGAGCCCCAAAAAGACCUACAGAUGAUCCUACUGCAGCAGCCGCUUGUAACCCCAAACAUGGACCCAUCCAAGGUUUCAAAUCAGAUGCAGCAGGUGCCGGUGCAAUACCUUCAAAUUGAAGAUCAAAUUGUUAGCACCAACAGUGGACAGAGCCAGCAACAGAUGACUCUUCCUCAGAACUCUGAUAUCCUGAAAAUGGAUCUCUCAGAUUCAUCGAAGUUGCUCCAUCAGCAUCUCAUUCCGAAAGAAAACUUCAGCCAAGUGAAUCAUGAUGGAAAGCAUCACUUUGCCCUCAGCUCCAUCUGUUUUCCUGACUCUAUGCUCCUUGGGGAUGAGAGGAACAUCCUGUCCAAUGUAGAUGACAUCUUAGCUGCCACUGCUGCUGCCUGUGGAGUCACUCCUCAGGAUUUUGUGAAAGCCACCUCAUCUGAAGGAGAGAUGCAAUCACUAGCAAGCCCAGCUGAUUCAAAAGGCCCCUUCCAAUUGGUAGAGGCCAGACACAUAUCCCCCAGUUUCUCCUCUCCGCAUUCAGUUGUUGCCAACACUCAAACUGUGACAAUGUCACAGAAUGGUGGACAGUUGGUUUCAGGCAUCCAUUUGUUGCCUAAAGGGGGUCUUCAGGGUCAUCAAGAACUUGAGUUGUUAAAUUCGCAUGGACAGGCAGGACUGACAACAUCCGUUUCCUCUGCUGUGAGUGAACGGAUGGUGAUCCCUACUCAAAAGCCAAGAAACAGUAGCCACAAUUCAGUGGAGAACAGGGAGGUAUCAGAGGAGCACACAGUGAACCACAGAAAUGGGGUGGACUUUAACCCAAGUGGGAAAAGAAAUAAGGGUGCCACCACUGAAAAUGACUUCAACCUAGCUAGCAAGGACACCAAUCCCAUUGGACUUGCGAGCAAAACCAAGUUGUCUGCGGGAAAGGGGCAGGCUCAGAGUAUAGAAUUAAAGAAUUCUGAAAUGGAGAAUGCCAUAGAUUCUCCCAACAAUGGUUGCCCUAAGAAGAAGGCCAAAUCCAAGGGAUCCACAAAGGCAGUGGGUGAGGAGGAGAAUAGUCAUCCAAAGCCUCUGAAGCGCAGCAGCCAAGGGAAGCGACAGAACUCCCGUGGGAAUGACACAAACUCACCGUCUACCUCUGACAGCUGCUAUGAUGGCUACCAGCAGCAAGAGAGGAUGCGGCAGAAAAUCAGAGAGGUUGAGGAAAAACAGCCAGAAGUGAAAACUGGAUUCAUUGGAUCCUUUUUAGAUUUCCUUAAGUCUGGGCCCAAACAACAGUUCUCUUCUCCACCUAUAAGAAUGCCAAAUCGCUCCAGGAAGUCGUCGUCGUCUUCCUCCAGACGCCCUUCUUGUCCUCUGCCCUUGCCUUCUAGACCCCAGCCUCCAGCUGUUCCACUGAUAUCACUGGAAUCUAGCAGCUCUAGUCCAUCUAAGCGGCUGGAUGAUGAACUUAACAGGAACCUGGAGACCUUGCCAUCUUUUUCCUCUGAUGAGGAUGAUUCUAUGGGAAAGAAUCAGGAUCUUCAGAAGAGCAUCAAUUCAGCACUUUUUUCACUAGAUGAAACUGCAGAUAAGAACAAAAAAUCAGUGGCUGAGAAGAAAAUUUCAGGUGCCACUGUAAAACCAGAGAACUCCCCCGGUAUGUCUCUCCCAGUACACGUGGCACAAGAUCAACCACCUGCUGCAACUGCAGAGCCUUCUCUGCAGGAUUUCCUAAAAGACGUCCCGCUGGACCAGCUUGCAGUGCAGCUGACAUCUGUGGCCAUUGAAGGGCUGACAGACGAAGACCUGUCGGAUAGCGGAGGGGAGGGAAUGUACCGUGAACGAGAUGAGUUUGUUGUCAAAAUUGAGGACAUUGAAUGCCUGAAGAUGACACUUAAAGCUGGACGAGAGCCCCCCGCUAUAUGGAAGGUUCAAAAAGCCUUGCUGCAAAAGUUUGUGCCAGAGCUAAGGGAUGGAACCAGAGUGUUUUCAGCCACCAAUAGUUAUUUAGGCUACUUUGGUGAUGCAAAGACCAUGUACAGACGAGUCUAUGUGAAGUUCAUCGAUACUGUGAACAAGAGAGAGUAUGUGCGCGUCUGCAGCAGGAAGCCAAGGUGUAAGCCAAUGCACUCCAUGAGGGGUUCACAGGCUAAAGCUCUACUGGGCCACAAGGUGGUGUCUAGUUCAGGGGUUGUCCUGCCUGUGCAAAAACCUGUGGCUAGUAGGCCAUCCUUCAAACCCAAAGCCAAGCAGGCCAAGGCCAGAGUGGAGCCACCACCCAAGAAAAGGAAAAAGUGGAAGGAAGAGUUGUCAUCCUCUCCCUCUGAAUCAUCGCCAGAGGCCGUGAGUGAAGACGAUGAGUUCACUCCUCCAGUCCCCUUCGCCUCGCGCUUCCUCAACACAAGGACAAUGAAGGAGACCUUCAAGAGCUUUGUGGAGCUGUUGAUUAGCUUGGCCCUAGAUCCUGAUGUGAUGGACACACUGGAGAGGGAAAAUGAUGAGCUUCUGCUGCCACAUGUGAAGAAGGUGGAUGGGAUGAUCACAGACAACAGGAGAAGGCUGCUGCCCAAACUGCGCAUGGGUCAGCUCUUCAAGAAUGCACUGGACAUCUUCCCAGAGUUCUCGCUGGUGACUGAACUGAAAAAGGAUGGAGAAACGCCAGCCUUUAAAGUGCGAUUAGGUGGAAAAGCCUACAACAAGAAAACCAUGAGGCCUUCUAAAGUCACCAGCAAAUUACCACUGGAAUACACAGUGGAAAAGGAGAAGACGCAGUGGAUAUCACUUUAUCAUUCACUCCAGCACUACAAGUACCAUACGUAUCUGAUGUGCAAAGACGAGAUUGCGUCUCUCCAGACAGGGGGGCGGGACUUGGGCCAGGAGGAGACGGUUCAGCUGUGCAUGCGGGAUGGCCACUGGGUUGAGAGCCUCUUUGAGAAGUUCGGCCACCUGCUUACACAGGUGCAGCAGACCUGCUUGUAGCUGGAGAGGAAACGGCCAGAGAGACUCAGACAAAGGCACUUCUGAAUUCUUUAAGCAUUGUUAAAGCACUAAUGGACACGUGGUGAAGGCCUACACCUGGGUUGGUGUGUUGCUGUCAGGGCGAUGAGUAUGUUUGGCUCAGUGGUGGGCACAGUAAAUUGAACAGAAGCUUGAAAUUGUCAAAGUAGAGCAACUUCAGACACAUAGAUGGUUAUUAUAUGUUAGUUUUUUUUUUUUUUUUCCCUUCAUUUUGAGUCUUGACAGAUCAAGCAUAGAAGUCUACACUAUCAGUUAAUGAACUUUUUUUGCAUAUUUUGUUUCUCAUCACUAUGUAUUGCCACUGUGACAAUGAUUAUGAUGAUGAGGAGGUGAGUGUGUAGAUAUAUACUGUAUGUCUAUGUUUGUUUGCAUACACACAUAUAUGUUGUAUGGAAAAACAUCCAUUCCUACAAUGGAGUGCCAAAUUUAUGUAGAAUAUUGUAUAUUAUGUAAAGAGAAGUUUUGUCAGUAUAUUCUUAAAGAAAUUUAC